CGCUAUCGCGGCUCCACUUGCGCUGCUUCGCCUGCUUCGAACGCUUUCGCUCGUCUUUCCACCUUUCCCGAGUGGUCCGUCUGCGCCCGUCUUAUUCUACAUUGUCUGUCUGAUUGUCUGUGGGUUUCAGCUACUUCUUACACUAUCCAGAUCAUCUGCCAUGUCCUCUGCCGCAGAGUCGACGCCGCGGAGGCCGCGCCUCACAGCUGCCUUCCGCUCGUACUCGAACUCGCGGCUGUCGCGCUCGUCGAACAGUAACAGCAACAGUAACAGCAGCUCGUCCUCGUCCUCGACCGCGGUGCCGGCGUCGACGUCGACGUCGUCGCUGUCGCCUGCUGCAGCGUCUAUUCGCUCGUCGCUGCGUCCCCGGUCGCACACGCUCGCCACGCCGGCGGCGCCACCCGUUGCUGUAGACCAGACGCCGCUGUCGUCGAGUUUGCCGUCCGGGUCGUCGAGCAGCGAAGAUGCGUCGUCGUCGUCGGUGGGCGGGAGCGGAGCGGCGGCGGCGGCGGCGGAUGAGGAGCCGUGUAUUCGGAUGUCGCCGUUCAUUGAUCAUUCGUCGGCUACGCCUGCUCUGUACUUUGAGCCGAUUGAGCGCAAGGGACGGGCGGGGUCUGUGAUUCGGCUGGGGAGGUAUACGGAUAAGAAGGAGUUGCCGAAGCUGGAGGCGAGUUUUGCGCCGGUGGUGUUUAAGAGUAAGGUUGUUUCGCGCACGCAUGCGGAGUUGUGGGUGGAGAAUGGGCAGUGGUAUGUGAAGGAUGUAAAGUCCUCGUCGGGGACGUUUCUUAAUCGGAUUCGACUGUCGCCGGCGUGCACGGCCUCGCAAGCAUUCCCGAUCAAAGACGGCGACAUUCUACAGCUCGGGAUGGAUUUCCGGGGCGGGUCGGAGGAAGUGUACAAGUGUGUGAAGAUGCGGGUUGAGAUCAAUCGGUCGUGGCAGAAGCGGAUCAACAAUUUCAACGUGUCUGCGCACUCGCGGCUGCGGAGUCUGACGCAGGACAGCAAGCCGGCGGCGGGGCAGCAGCAGGAGUGCAGUAUAUGUCUGGUAGCGGUUGCGCCGUGCCAGAGUCUGUUUGUGGCGCCGUGCUCGCAUGUGUGGCAUUACAAGUGCAUUCGGCCGAUUAUAGUGAAGGCGUAUCCGCAGUUUUUGUGUCCGAAUUGCCGGGCGGUGUGUGAUUUGGAGGCGGAUGUGGAUGUGCCGGAGUUGGCGACGGUGGAGGAUGAGGGGGAGGGGGAGGUAGUGGAGGAGGAGGAGGAGGAGGAGGAGGUGUUGGUGAGUGCGAGCGAGGAGUUGGGGCAGACGGUGAAGGAUGCAUCAGAUGAGGAGGAGAUGGAGGACGCACAGAGCGGGAGUGAGGAUGCUAGUGGGUCUGUUGAGGGUAGUGGGGGGCCAGUUGAAGAGUCUAUAGGACAACCAAAGAAGCUGGCGAGCGAUAUGGAGGAGGUUAUAUCGCGGAUGAAUCUGAACAGCGUGCUGACGCCAGCGAACGAGGCGGGCCCGUUUGUGUUUGACAAUAUGAUUGUGGAGGAGAGCACGAAUGGGAGUAGAGUGUGAGAAGAGAAGGGUGAGCAUGAGUAGAUAUUGUUUUAGGCGUUGUCUAUGAGUUUGUUUUGUUUUGCUUGUUAUUGUAUUGAGUAUGAUGAAUGAUUGUGUUUUGGGACAGGCAGUAUAUCGAGUUAAUGAGCAUCGAGUGUCAUCGCAAGAGUGUGUGUAGUAGUGGAGUAGAGGGCUGAGUAGAGCCAGAAAGGGGAGAGUGUAAACAGCCGACUGACCUCUGCUGAGUCUAAGAGAGUAGAUGUAGAUGAGUAGAGAGUAGAUAGUAGAUGGUAGAUGAGCAAUGCAUUGUCAUUGCCAUUGUUGUUACCAGAUUGAAAUAGAACAG